GCCAUUUUGGGAGGUCGGCCGCCCGUGGCUGGUCGGUAGCGGGGGGCGGGCUAGGUCUCGGAUUGCAGCGACAGCGGUGGCGGGGGGCAGUCUGCGAGUCGGUGAGUGUUGGGGGCGCUGCAGGGCUAGGGCCGCCACCCAGUGAUAACAGCGCCUGUCUGCCCCCCAUCAUGUCGGACUUCGACAGCAACCCCUUCGCCGACCCGGACCUCAACAACCCCUUCAAGGAUCCUUCCGUUACACAAGUGACAAGAAAUGUUCCUCCAGGGCUAGAUGAGUACAAUCCUUUUUCUGAUUCAAGAACACCUCCUCCAGGAAAUGUGAAAUUGCCUAAUGUACCCAGUACCCAGCCAGCAAUAAUGAAACCAACAGAAGAGCCACCUGCUUACACACAAAUCGCAAAGGAGCAUGCUUUGGCCCAGGCAGAGCUGCUAAAGCGUCAAGAAGAACUGGAAAGAAAAGCAGCUGAAUUAGAUCGCAGAGAAAGAGAAAUGCAGAGUCUCAAUCAGCAGGGGGGUAGAAAAAAUAACUGGCCCCCUCUUCCUGAGAAUUUUCCAGUAGGUCCUUGUUUCUACCAGGACUUUUCUGUAGACAUUCCUGUAGAAUUCCAGAAGACGGUAAAGGUUAUGUACUAUUUGUGGAUGUUCCAUACAGUGACACUGUUUCUUAAUAUCUUCGGAUGUUUGGCCUGGUUUUAUGUUGAUUCUACACGAGGAGUUGAUUUUGGAUUGAGUAUUCUCUGGUUCUUGCUUUUUACCCCUUGUUCUUUUGUCUGCUGGUACAGACCGCUUUAUGGAGCUUUCAGGAGUGACAGUUCAUUCAGGUUCUUUGUGUUCUUCUUUGUAUAUAUCUGUCAGUUUGCUGUACAUGUACUUCAAGCUGCAGGAUUUCAAAGAUGGGGAAACUGUGGGUGGAUUUCAUCUCUUACUGGUCUGAAUAAGAGUAUUCCUGUUGGCAUUAUGAUGAUAAUCAUAGCUGCACUUUUCACAGCAUCUGCUGUUAUCUCAUUAGUUAUGUUUAAAAAGGUGCACGGUCUCUACCGCACAACCGGUGCCAGUUUUGAGAAAGCACAGCAAGAGUUUGCCACAGGGGUGAUGUCCAACAAAACUGUACAGAGUGCUGCAGCCAACGCCGCAUCAACAGCAGCAACCAGUGCAGCUCAGAAUGCGUUCAAGGGUAACCGGAUGUAGGGAAACAGAAGAAAUCAUAACAGUUCUCUUUGAUUGUACUUUAUUUUCCAGUCACUUACUAUAUUCCCUAAAAGCCUAGGUCAAAAUUCACACAGCAUGUUUGCCUCUUUUGCAGCUGUGCAUGGAUAAAAUGGGAAAUGUUUGGUUUAUCUUGCUCUAAAUUUAUUUAUUUGAAAAAGAUAACCAUUCUUUGCCCUUCUUGAAGGUGUUAUAUUCUAGAAUAUAAAGCCUUCCAUAUUUUCUGGAGGAUAAAUGAUUUCAACAAUUGGCCUGAAAAUGAAUAACUAUCAAAUAACUAUUAAGAAUUUGGAAGGUUUUUUUACUGGUUCACUCUAGUAUUUUUUUUUUUUUUUUUUUUUACCUUCAGGAAAGCACUUUGGAUCAAUUAUUUUACUUUGUCAGAACUGUUUUUUCUAUUUCUACUGUUAAGAAGUGAGGUAGACUGAAAGAUGUAAGGAGGUGAUGUUUGCCUACUGGUUUUGCAGUUUCAGCAGCUGCUGGAGGACAAAUAAAAGUAGGAUAGAUACUACAAAUUCUUGGGGAUCUUUUAGGAUAAGUCUUUUGAUAUAAACCUGUAAGUUUGCAUGAAUACUGUUGAGUUUUAUCUGAUCUUGUUUAAAUAGUGUUUUGGUCCAGAAUUUAUCUGCACCUCUUUACAAUUAUAGCGUUUGUUUGUAUCUAUUUUCAUGGAGUAUUCUCUACCUGUGAGAAAU